UAAACUUACACCAUAAUGAAGGAGGAAUCAGGCCCAGAGCAAACUAAUAUCAGAUUUUGGUACAUUUGCAAAAUAUUGUAUCAGUAUUUGCUGUUUCCAGUAGUAAAUCAGAUCUAGUUUGGAAACCGAGGGUGCAGGUGGCAAUCUGAAUAAACACGUCUGGAAAAAAAAGGGAUUGUUCAGGUUUGGAGGGUCAUUCCCUUCAGUAAAAGUAAACUGCAGUGGAUUGCUCUUCCUGGACCGAACAGUAGGGGCGUGGGAAGCUUUCAGAUGUCACAGGGUUGUCGAUAACAUUUGAACAUAUGAUUAGCUUUCGUGAGCUGUCUUUAGAAACCUUACAUUUCUUCCCCCCCGCACCUUAGCCAGAGAUCCUUCCCUUGAGGUUUCGGGCCACUUAAAAUGUUGCUUUGACAAAAAUCAAGGAUGUGGAGAAGUUUUUCCUGUGUGAUGUCACUUUGCUGCCCUUUAUAAGACUCUGCAGAAAAGAAGGGAACUUAUCUGAGGGUUCACUCUCCAAACACAGGUGACCAGGAGCAAGCAAGAAGCACAGACUCACAUCAAGUUGCAGAUACCGACCAACUGCAAGGAAGGGUGAGCCAUGCCACAGAGCAGUGCUUACUACCUGCUGCUGGUACUCUGUAGCCUGAAGGCUACCCUCGCCUUUCCCAACUCCUCUCCACUGCUGAAUCCCAGCUGGGGGAAUGAAGAUCGCCUGAUGCACCUCUACACAGAUACAGAGAGGAACAGCUUCCAUCUCCAAAUCAAUGCUGAUGGCUAUGUUGAUGGUGCUCCUCACCAAACUAUUUACAGUGCCCUAAUGAUCAAGUCCGAGGGUGCUGGCUCAGUGAUAAUCACAGGUGUGAAGAGUGGACGCUACCUGUGUAUGGACAUGAGAGGAAACAUUUUUGGUUCGCAUUACUUCAGUCAAGACGACUGUGUGUUCAACCACAAGACGCUGGAAAAUGGAUAUGAUGUGUACCAAUCUCCCAAACACAACUUCCUGGUUAGCUUAGGCAGAGUUAAACAAGCUUUUCUCCCUGGUGUGAAUCCACCACCGUACUCCCAGUUUUUAUCCAGGAGAAAUGAAAUCCCUCUGUUUCGAUUCAACACACCUGAACCCCACAGAAACACUAGAAGCGCAGAUAUCGACCCAAUGGAUCCUCAUCAGAUCCUGGUCCCACAGAGAAAGAUCUCUCUGUUUGGAUCUCAGCUGCAGCAGCAAACAGACUUUUCCCAUGUGCCCAAAGAACCCAUGAGAAUCAACCAGAACGACGUGGUCAACCCAGAUGACCCUCAUGCUAUGAUGGAUGCCAGGAGGUACGCAAGUCCUCGCUUCUAUAUUACAAAAUAACUGUGGUCCCACUGCUUGCAAACUGAAGACACGGGCAAAUAUAAUAGGCAAAAGGAACUGUCUGGCAUAUUCAGUUUGAAUGUUGAAAUGGCUACUGGAAAUCCUGGGAAGAAAUCCUUAAUUUUAAAUUUUGUACCUAUAAAUGACAGUUUCUGGAAAAACGAGUUGGUCAUUUUCCAGAUGGGGAUGUGCUUUACUGGAAAGAAGAUAAAUUUUUUAAAAGAAGAAUACAAACCAAACAUUUUAGGGUCUGAAUCACCACCGUAAGCAAGCAUCAGCAAAAACGCUAAUUCACCUGAAUGAAACAAGAAACCAAUGUUACGUUUCUGAUGUAACUGGGAAAAGCCCUGGAGCAUCUGAGAUGCCAACAAAGACAGGGAAUCCCUUACUAGCACCAUCCCUGGCUGUGCAAGCACAGCAGACAAACUGUUAUAUUAUUAUAUAAAAAUUACUAUUUAUGUUUUUCACUGCUAAAUUGGCUCUUCAGUCUCUUUUUAUGCCCAUAUGAGUAAAAAAGUGACCACUCUGCUGUCAUAGGAGCAGCACACAUGGAAAACUGGAGUAACUGACAGGAAAACAGGACAGGAUCAAAUGGCCUGGUGUAGAAAGAGUAAUUUCUGACACUUACUGAAUCCAAGCUGAGGUCUGAGAAAAAGAGUCUUACUGUCUCUCUAGUGCUUCUCUAUCAUACUUCUAUAUUGACUGAGUUCUACCAUCAUAAUAUGGAAACAUAAUGUAGAAACAUUAGUUUUGCAUAUUUCCAAGCCAGAGAGAAGUUCCAGGAUCAC